AUGUCGCAACCCUCCUCCUCUAACCGCUCGAGCCUCGAGCCGAGCAGCAACCCGUCCAGCCCAUCACCGUCGCCUGCUGGGACGCCACUAGACCCGCCGAGGAAACGCACGAGAGCUAGCAAGCCCAAGCAAGUGAUGAAAUGUGAUGAGGGGAAGCCCGCUUGUCUCCGAUGCACCUCGACCGGCCGGACGUGCGAUGGCUAUGACAAAGCCGCUCUCGCCCGGUACCGCUCGCCAGAUCCGAACCAGACGGCGGAGCGAGCCAGAGCCGAGUUUGUCAGGGCGUGCGAGUGGAACGAGACCCUCCGGUCCAUGCGACGUAUCGAGGCCGAUAUCGAUGGGACCGAGACCGAGAAACGCUUGUUCGCUCGCUUCCGGGCUGCCACUGCCGACGGGGUUGCCGCAAAUCUCUGUAACUUCGCAGCCUUCUGGCGGAGGUUGAAUCCAUCGACCGGGUGCCAGGACGACGCCGUCAAGCAUGCCGUAGUAGCCUUGGCCGCCGCCUACCAGCUCUUUCAACACCCAGACGAGCCUGUCAUCGAUGGCUUCGCACGUGGAGACCUCGAAGUCUUCACCAUCCAACAGUACAGCCGAUCCAUCGAGCGGUUGCAGAACCAUGCUGGCUCUUCGAGCCCGGAGAGCCUCCGCUUGACACUCGUCUGCUGCUUGGCCUUUAUCUCCCUCGAGACCCUGCGUGGAAACCACGAGGUAGCCGUUACCCACCUCACCAACGGCCUGCGUAUCCUCCAAUCCCUCCCCGAUUCCACCUUCGACUGUCUCGCCGAUGGCUCCAUGUUUGCCUGGCCAUCGAGCCGGGACUCGCUCCACAUGUCCGAUAUCGUCCAGCUCUUCGCCCGGUUCGAGCUCUCGGCGUGCUUCUUCACCCACGGCAUCCAACCUGUCAUCUCGGGGCGCGGGUACCUCACCCGCCGCUUCGACGACGGCUCCACCUACAACCUCUUCCACGACGUCCCGCACGCCCACAUGGCCAUGUCCUGCUUCCAACACGACGUCGUAGCCCGCCUGCACGAGAUCACCGCGGCUGCAGCCUCCGGGGACGAGACCUCCGCCAUCUUCUGGUCCGACCCAGCCCAGCAACGCACCCAAGCCUGCCUCCUGGCCCGCAGCGCCCGCCUCGGCGCCCUCAUAGUCGACUUCUUCUCCCCCCUCCGCUUCGGCAUGCCCGACCCCACCAGCCCCGAGCUCGCCAGCCUAUACCUCACCCUCCUCCACUUCCGCUCCGCCCAGUUCCUCAUCGCCAAAACCGCCGGCGGCAUCUUCACCCCCACCCUCGACCCCUUCCUCCAACCCUUCCACCACCACCACAACCACCACAACCACAACCAAACAACCCCCUACCCCCAACCACACCCACAACCACAAUCACAAGCCACAAACCCAGACCCCACCCUCCUCCCCACAAUCCUCCACCUCGCCUCCCGCCUCUCCCAAACCACACCCACCACCCCCUCCCCGCCCCCAACCCCAACCGACGUCCACACCCACCUCCUCGGCCCGCUCUACCUGGUCGCCACCCAUACCCCAGACCCGGAUACCCGUGCCGCGGCGGGUGCGCUGCUGGCUGAUGCGUUGCAGAGGGGGGGGCUUGCUGGGGCUGAGGUGGGGGAAGGGCGUGGUAGGGGAAGGGGAAGGGGAAGGGAGGUAGAUUUGGGGGUGGGGGUGGGGUUGGGGUUGGUGGCGGUGGAGAGGGCGCAGAGGGUGUUGAGUGCCGUGGGGAGGGUUGUGGCGAGGGAGAGGGAGAGGGGGGGGAUGAUGGGUGAUGGGAGCGGUGGUGGUGGUAUUGGUGGGGGUGGUAUUGGUGGUGUUAUUGGUGGUGGUGGUUUGUUGUCGUCGUCGGUUGAUGUGCCGAGGGCGUUGGCGGGGGCGGGGGGGAUUCCGGCGCUUUGGGAUGGGUUGGUUGCUGCUGGUGCUGGUGCGGGUGCUGCUUCCUUGUAA